AUGAAAUCCAGAUCUCUCUUCUCUCUCCUCUUCCUUGUGCUCUUCACCUCUUCUGCUUACGCUCGGUUCGUCGCUGUGCAGCCAUCUUCCACAGUUCUUAUCUCGGAUGGAAUCGACGGCGGAAGUCUCGACUCAGGAUCGAUCAUCAAGACGGUGGUCUCGGCUGAGGAGAAAGAGGAGGCUUGUGAACAGACGUAUGGGUUCAUGCCGUGUACUAAGACGGCGCUUGGGAACGUGUUUUUGAUUUUGGUUUAUGGGUUCCUCAUGUUCACGGCGGCGACGUAUCUCUCCGCCGGAAGUGAGCUUUUGCUCGAGAUCCUAGGACCUGGUAUCGUCGGUGGUUUGUUUCUUCCCAUGCUCGGAGCUCUUCCUGAUGCUAUGCUUAUUAUGGUGUCUGGACUUUCUGGAGAUGCAGCAACUGCACAAAGCCAAGUAUCCGUGGGAAUGGGUUUGCUUGCUGGCUCUACCGUUAUGCUUCUCACUGUUAUCUGGGGUACUUGCACUGUUGUUGGCAAGUGUGACCUUCGUGAUACCAUUGCUGUUAACAAUCAAGACACCAAAGGCUUCCAUCUUAAAGAUUCUGGUGUAACGGUUGAUGUUUGGACCAGCUAUGCUGCAAGAAUAAUGGCUAUUUCAGUUAUUCCGUUCGUCAUUGUCCAGCUUCCACAAAUGUUGAACUCAACGUCUGGAAGACAUUUGGCCGUGUUGGUUGCUCUCAUCCUCUCGGUUCUAAUGUUGAUCUCUUACUGUGUAUAUCAGGUGUUCCAACCAUGGAUCCAAAGGAGACGUCUUGCUUUUGCAAAGCACAAGCAUGUUAUAUCAGGAAUCUUAAAGCACUUGAAACAACAUGCUUUGGGAAGACUUCUUGACGAUGAAGGCCAGCCUGAUGAACAUGUCAUUCGAAAGUUGUUUGAGACAAUUGAUGCAAACAAGGACGGACGCUUAUCAGCUACUGAGCUUAAGGCGCUUAUCAUUGGUAUCAGCUUUGAGGAUAUAGAUUUUGACAAGGACGAUGCUGUGGGAAGAGUUCUCCAAGAUUUUGAUAAGACUCUUGAUGAGGAAGUUGAUCAAGAAGAGUUUGUCCGUGGGAUUAAGCAUUGGCUUAUCCAGGCAAUGGGAGCUUCUGGUCAUUCUGGUCCUGAUGCUGGUCCUAGAACAAUGAAGUUCCUUGACCAUUUCCAUGUGCAAACAAAGAGAGAGCAUGCUCUGUUGGGAGACAAUGAAAAUGGUGAGAAUGAUGAGGAGUCUGGUGAGGUCGCAGACCCAAAAUGGAUCACCUUUAAAGCAGCUUUACUGCUGCUGCUAGGAGCAGCCAUUGCUGCUGCAUUUGCUGAUCCUUUAGUGGACACAGUUAACAACUUCUCAGCAGCCACAGGGAUCCCAUCUUUCUUCAUUUCCUUCAUCGCUUUGCCUCUAGCCACCAACUCAAGUGAAGCAGUCUCUGCCAUCAUCUUUGCCUCCCGCAAGAAGAUCAGAACAGCCUCCUUAACUUUCUCCGAGCUAUGUGGUGGAGUGACAAUGAACAACAUUUUGUGUCUCUCGGUGUUCUUAGCAAUCGUCUACGUUCGAGGACUGACGUGGAAUUUCUCAUCAGAAGUGUUGGUGAUUCUCAUUGUUUGUUUGGUGAUGGGAAGUUUUGCUAGCUUCCGCACAACUUAUCCUCUGUGGACAUGUUUCAUAGCAUACCUCCUUUACCCAUUCUCUUUGGGUCUGGUCUACAUUCUUGACUACUGGUAUGGUUGGUCAUAGAUUGAUAACUCUCGUUCAAUGAUUUGUUCUCUGAGUGUUUCCUUUCUUUCUUUCUUCUUUUUUUUUUUUAUGUUAUGGAGAGUGUAAAAAACUCAAGUUACAUUUCUGAGAUUUGUCAGUGUUGAUGUGUUUGAAACACUGUUAUUAAAGCUUCUUUCUGUUUCUUCACAAAAAAAUAUUUCUGUUUCUUCAGCAUGUAUUCUUCUCCUUUCCCUUUAUAUUGUAUACUCGUGGAUGUUAAAGUUCUAUUAUUUCUUCGACACUACUGCAAAAAAGAAAAUAUAAACCACUUCACUUGU